AUGAAGCAAACAACGGGAAUUCACAGUUGCGAACCAUUGACUAUGCGAUGUAAAGGUGUCUUCCAGUUAAAUGAAGAGAUUACUGCACUGCGUAGGGGUGACAAUGCUCGGGUAGCAUACCGUUCUGAAAAAGUUGUCGAAGGAGGAUUAAUCACGUGCAUUCCUUUUGUAAUCGUCGACGAGAGUGGUGAAGGGGACUUACUAUUGGGUCGCUUUUACGAAAUGGAAGGUGCGAUUGUAAUGGACAACUUCACCGCCCGACAACUGUUCUUCGUAGACCGGAAACUGCUUCUCCCGAAACGGCCCGCGAGUUCAUUAAUGCCGUUGGAUGUCGACAUGGUAGAGUUUGAAAAUCGAGGCGUUGUUCUGUCGAAUCUCAGAGCCAGCGUUGAACCAGGGACAGAGAAUUUCUACGUAAUGUGUAUAAAACAUCGGCAAUGGAAUAUUACGACAUUGACUUGGGUAGACUUCCGUGCCGAGUACAUUUACGAUAUCUCGAAAUUUGGCAGCGACAAGGCGGGGAUUCUGUCUGUUGGAAAUGUUAUAGAUGUAGGCGGUCACGGCGUAAGUUGGUCUGAUUGGCAGGGCGGUUGGAUUAUUAUGGCACAGAGUACUUUUGCCCAUCCAAGCAUUGCACUUCAUCUACCAUCGAUAAUAUAUAUCAAACUAUCGUUUUCACUAAGCAUCAUAAUUGCAAUCUCGAGGUCUACCGCAUGUCAACUGGGUAGCGGACCGGGGAGACGAAGGAAUCGCAAAGUGAAGAGAACGUCUGCAUUGCUCGCUUGGGAAGGGAUGCGAAUGACAUGGUGCCUUGCGAGUGAUGAAGAUGACACAUUUGCAAUGGAAUUUAAUGGCGCCGAGAGUUGCGAAAGAUUAUGCGAGCAGUGUGAAUCAAGAGUGGGCGGACGUAAUGCCAAAGUUGAUGCCAAUCGCUCAAAGAGUCCUCGAGUACCUCAAACCAUGCCGGAUUCAAUCACGCGGCCUGAUUUACAAAUCAACACGCCUCGAUCAUUGUUCGGCCCAAGAGACCCAGCAAGAUGGUUACGUUGGUUUAUGUCAAAGCAUACCCCCACAAAUAAAGUAGCGGGACAAAACCAAGUGCAUAAUGAAUGGUGGAAUUCAAGUCAGAAGGGCAUCAAUGAUGAUGAUGUAUCACUUUGUUCAUCUUCUGCUACUACUUUCAAUUCUCCAUUAUUUGAAUCUAUCGCACGUCGGGAGGUAGAAUUACAGCAAUCUAUCCUGAAAGAUUGGAGAACACGAUUCCCUUCAAAAAAAGAUCCAACCGAAUGA